AUGUCGUCUUCUACCACCCGCAAAUACGCCGAAGAAUCAAUUGGAAAGCGUCUCUCAAACAUCAACGUUGAGACGAUAAAGUCGAACAAACUAGCUCUCCCUAAGCUUCUCUUCACUUCUCCAGGCAACACUAAGUAUCACUUUGCACACUGCGGAGGAGAGGAGAGCAGGUUAAAAGCAGCCUCUACUGCAUCCUCCGCCAUCGGCGGUGUAGAAGGAGCUUUCGCAGGGUUUCUAGUCCAUACAAUGUUUCAGGCCUGCCUUGGCUCGCAAGCUGCGUCUCUUCUCCCGGCUUGGGGGCCAUGGGUCACAGCUCGGAAUUUUGGUGCCGCAUUUGGUGUGCAUUCUGGACUUUCCUCCACAAUGAUACAUAUUCGAGGCAAACCUGAACUUAUGUCAUCCAUGGCAGCGGCAUCAGGAGCUGGAUUAACAUAUUCUUUGCUCCUCAGAAGACCUACCAACAGCGUACUCGCCACUUGCCUUGGUUUUGCUGCUUUGAACGGAAUAGAACCAUAUAUACCGACCACCACCACCAGUCUAGAAAAAUUUGAGAAGAAUUUCAAUAAUGAACAUCUAACAGAUUCCGCCUUACCUCUCCUCACCGAUAAGUCACAAAACGAAGAAGUACAAAUUCAGUCGAGCAACACCAGGGAGGAUUGGAUUAAAACUCUUUUCAGAAUUGUAAAAUUGCUUCGGCAGAUUCUGAAGUUAUCUAAGUCGCAUUAUGGCUAUUAA